GAUGGUCCCGGUGACCGAUACUUUCCUGAUUAAUAUCACGUUCAGCGCCCAGGAAAUCCUGUACACGAUACUUUUUUGCUUAUUUAUCUUCUGCACUAUAUAUCCUCCUUUGGGAUUUAUCGCUGCGGGCCUCACUGUUGAAAAUGUUUUUGGAACUUUUCUUGGAAGCGAAAAUAUGUUUUUCUUUGAAUACCACAUUCGUCGAACAUCACUGUUGCGCGUGAUUUGGUCUUCCUUCAUUCUACGUGAGCUAAACCUUCGUUUUACCGAAUCAGACGUCUUUUCUCAGCUUUUUCACAGAAUUUUCAACUUUGCCGAUGAUUUGCCCUUGUUGGCCAUUGAAAGGCAUGGUGAUUCUACUGAACUCCGCCUUGAGACUGUCCAAACUUUCUUGUUCCUCAAGUGAUACCGUUUUGGCCUUCCUAGCCAAGUUCGAGCCGGGGCAGAAUUACGAUUGCUCCCAAUUGCUUCGUUUUAAAUUACCAUUACAUUGGAACCCCAUGCACAAUCUGACAGAGAUCAAAGAGAGGGUAGUGCAAAAGCGGCCCUGUCUCCCAUUCAAGGAUCGCUAUUGCUGUUAUUGCGAUAAUGCAACUCGUGGCAGCUGGAUGUGCGAUCUUCCGGUCCUAAGAUUUUAGGUUAUUAACGGAGUUCAUUAGCGGAACAUCCAAAAGUCCCAGAUACUACGGUAUGAUCUUUUAUCGCAACCUGGUAAUCGGAUUCGCCAUUUGAAGACAUAGAGACUAGCCGUUUAUUACUUCGUCAUGCGGUGCCUGUCGGAAACUGUCGUGCAGACCAGCCCCAAUAUUCACAGACCAUUUACUCUAUGGGACCUCGUACUUUGGCUUGGUAUUUUAUCCAUCACCACCAUUGGCCUUCACACCUACUACACUUGGUACGCCUACGGUACCUGGUCAGGUCAUCCCACUGUUCGAUCUUUGAAGUCCAUGGUUAGGGAUUCUGCUGGACCUAGUUUCCAUCAUUCUUCCCAAGAGCGAUGGCGUGCUCUCGUUUCCAGUAUUAAUGCGGAGUGUCGUCGACCGGACAAGUUUGUGGCUAGCCAUGGAAGUCUCUCUGGUAGUUGGCCAGGUCGUCGUUUGAUUGCCACAGAUUCUUGGAUACUGUCAUCUCACGGAAUUAAGUUCCAGAUAUUGCGACAGGCAUCUGAUAGGAUGCUUGCAGUCGUUGUCUCGACUUCCUCUAUUUGGGAUGCCGGUUCCCUUACCGAAGGUGGACGUCCAGCUGGGGAAAAUUUAGGAACUCAAACGAUGGCUGUGGUCCGCUUCGUUGCAGUGGAUUCCGGGGCUUGUUUGCUUACUUUCAGCUUACGGGCCUCAGAUUUGGACUCAUUACGAGCCAAAUUACAGUUCCCUAUGGUCCAUGCUGAAGGAGUUGAACUCGAACCAACCAUCGUGCAACGCUUCAUUCGCGCCUUCUGUGAUGUUGUUGAAGAGAAUGGGACCGUUUCCCCACCACAGCAUAUGGAGAUUGAACAGUGCAUCGGAUGUAUGAGCUCGCGAGCCAACGUCAUGCUUCAGCAGCGAUGCGACUCAGCUGCGCAUGCGGCUCUCGAUGCCCAAACUCCAACCAGCACAUACGUACCUCCUUGUUCUGCGUGCCACUGUCGGCCAAUGUGGUGCCUUGAGUGUAUGGCACGCUGGUUUGCCGCCAGACAAACAGAAUCUCACCGACCGACGUCAGUUUGGCUAUCUGGUCGCAUACCGUGUCCGACCUGUCGGAAUAUCUUCUGUGUUCGUGACGUUGUUAGGAUAGCACCAGAGUCGUCGUCAGCAGGCGACACCAUGUGAUCCAUAAUCUGAUUCAAGCAUUGUCACCUUAUCUUACUUCCAGCCUGUGCCUACACUUUUCGUCGACUGUGCAAACCUUAUGUCCAUUCAAUAUAUCCGUUGCAUCUUC